UGUGACAGAAGUGUAGUGCCCCGCCCCUCCGUGCGCUCCCGUAGGCAGACACCCACACACGCACACACACACACACACACACUGAGCCCAGCCGUCGGUUAACGGAGGAAGAUGGCAGAGCGGCAACAACCGAAACACGAAGGCAGGGUGAAGAUCGGCCACUACAUCCUCGGCGACACGCUCGGAGUGGGAACCUUCGGGAAAGUGAAGAUCGGUGAGCAUCAGCUGACGGGCCAUAAAGUGGCGGUGAAGAUCCUGAACAGACAGAGGAUCCGCAGCCUCGAUGUCGUCGGGAAGAUCAAACGAGAGAUCCAGAACCUCAAACUGUUCAGACACCCGCACAUCAUCAAGCUGUACCAGGUGAUCAGCACGCCCACAGAUUUCUUCAUGGUGAUGGAGUACGUGUCUGGAGGUGAGCUGUUUGACUACAUCUGCAAACAUGGACGGGUGGAGGACACGGAAGCCCGCCGUCUUUUCCAGCAGAUAAUCUCGGCCGUGGACUACUGCCACAGGCACAUGGUGGUCCACAGAGACCUGAAGCCUGAGAACGUCCUGCUGGAUGCCAACAAGAACGCCAAGAUAGCCGACUUCGGUCUGUCCAACAUGAUGUCAGAUGGGGAGUUCCUACGGACGAGCUGUGGCUCACCAAACUAUGCUGCUCCAGAGGUCAUCUCAGGAAGGCUCUAUGCCGGCCCAGAGGUGGACAUCUGGAGCUCGGGGGUGAUCCUGUACGCCCUGCUGUGCGGCACUCUGCCCUUCGACGACGAACAUGUCCUGACGCUGUUCAAGAAGAUCAGAGGAGGGGUCUUCUACAUGCCGGAGUACCUGACUCGCCCCGUGGCCUCGCUGCUCACGCUCAUGCUGCAGGUGGACCCUCUAAAGAGAGCCACCAUCAAAGACAUCAGGGAACACGAGUGGUUCAAGCAGGACCUGCCGGGCUACAUGUUCCCAGAGGACCCCUCAUACGACUCCUCGGUCCUGGACGAGGAGGCCGUGAGGGAAGUGUGUGAGAAGUUUGAAUGCACCGAGUCAGAGUUUGUGUCCAGCCUCUACAGCGGGGAUCCACAGGAUCAGCUGGCAGUGGCCUAUCACCUUAUAAUAGACAACCGGCGCAUCAUGACCGAGGCCAGCGAGUUCUACCUGGCCUCCAGUCCUCCGCAGUGCUCCUUCAUAGAGGAGGGCAUGCCGCUGCCCCCCGGGGUCAAACCCCACCCGGAGAGGAUGCCUCCGCUGCUGGUCGACAGCCCCAAGUCUCGCUGUCCUCUGGACGCGCUCAACACCACGCGGCCCAAACCGCUGGCGGUGAAGAAGGCCAAGUGGCACCUCGGGAUCCGGAGUCAGAGCCGACCCUACGACAUCAUGGCCGAGGUGUACAGAGCGAUGAGACAACUCAGCUACGACUGGAAGGUGGUGAACCCGUAUCACCUGCGAGUGCGGAGGAAGAAUCCGGUGACGGGAAACUUGGUGAAGAUGAGCCUGCAGCUGUACCAGGUGGACAGCAGAUCCUACCUGCUGGACUUCAAGAGCAUCGACGAUGACAUCAUUGAGGCGGUGGGCUUUAAAUCGGGUUCGUCCACUCCUCAGAGGUCGGGCUCCACAGCCGGCCUCCACAGACCCAGACUGAGCAUCGACUCGGCGAGCCCGGCCGUCGACGUGCCCCAGCUCAGCUCCUCCCUCCCGGGGUCCCUGUCCGGCAGCGCCCCGCUGCUCACCCCCCGUCAGGGAUCACACACCAUGGACUUCUUUGAAAUGUGCGCCAGUCUGAUCACCACACUGGCACGCUGAGACCUGAAGACCCCGAACCUUCGCUGGAACCUGGAUGUCCUGGGAGGGGGGGUUUAAAAGCCAGAUCUGGGAUAAAGGGAGUGCAGACGUUCGGAGUGACUUCCUCUCUCUGUCUCCUCUCCAAAGCCUGUCACCUCACCUUAAGGAGACAGAGAGAGGAAUCCUUUUUUUUUUUUUAAUUUAAAAAAUGUUCUUAUUCGGUCACAGUUCUUGAGUCUAGAGUUAUGGAAUUCUUAUGAAAACUGAUCCUGGGACUGUAAUCUGUGAACCAGCGAGGUGAGAGGAAGUCACGGUUCACCGUCACUCCUCCCACAAAUACCCUCAAUCUAUUAUCUGCUGAAAUGCCAUCACCCGCCAUCAUACCUAAUGGUGGGGGACCCUGCUGAGUUCCCCCAGACACUGAUCAGAGGUCAGUUUUGCCUCUUGUCUUAUAUUUUGAUGAAGGCACCGGUUGUUAAAAUCGACACUAAAUCCGUAUUCUGAGGGAACGUCAACACAUGAACAAUUGAUAUUAUAUGGUUUGUAAAGAAACCGCUUUUGUUAUCCAUGUAUAUUAUAUUUAUACUACAAUCAUAGAGCGCUAUACCAAAUAUCUUUAUACACCAGAAAGAAGAUGAUUAUUAUUUAGAUAUCAGAUCCAUAUUUAUUUUUCAGAGACUGUUUUCUAGAACCUGUAGUUAAAUAUUAUUUGAGCACCGCAUCGACGUAGAGCUUUAAAUAGAUGGUAGAAGAUGAAUGAGCCCAGAGGCAGCAGGAUAGCACUCAGUGGACUGUGUCAGUGUAUUUAAAGGAUACUUGCACAACAUGCAUAUCUCUGCUAAUGAUUCUGCUAAUGAUCAUAAAUACGCAACACACACAAUCCUUACUAGUCCUUAAGAAAUGACAAGUUGAGCAGCUGCUAACAUGCUGCUCCCUCACGCAUGUACAGAAUGUCAUUGAAAGCCUGUAAUAUCCGAUGUCUGUCCUUCUGUCACAGACAGAAGCCAUGUGCUGUUUGAAGUGGAAUUUUUUAGGGUUACAAUUAUUAACGUUAUUAUAUAUUUUCAAGCCUUUUAAAAUGAGAAAGAUGUGCAUCAGAAAUGACAGCCCAAUAUGAGGUCUUAAAUUGUAUUUUAUCGUUUUCUCUGAGAAAAUGUUAAUUUUCAACUGAUGCCACCAAUCAUGUUAGCAGCAAUAACCUUAAUGAGUGUGUACGUGAUGGGUAGAUAACGAGGCGAUGAUGAUAAUCGAGAAGAGAGGAAGAUGUGCUUGCUAAGGUAACACAUCUAAUAAAUUGGAAUCGAUACAGAGAAGAUUAGCAUGGCCCCUGCGAAAGGAUGACACGCAAAUUCGUGAAGCGUUUCCACAUUUAAAAAAAAAAAAAAAAAAAGACAGAUCCAUGUGAGAUGGUGUGCAUCAGCCGCAGGGACAGAACAAAGACACAGAAACCUUUCUCCAGUCGCCUUAAAGAACGCAACACAGCAGCGCUGUGCACGUGUUUAUGGAGAGAGAGAGAGAGAGAGAGAGAGAGAGAGAGAGAGAG